AUGAGCGAACCCGUCAACAUGCACCUCACAGCGAGGAUCCAAUUCCUCCUGAAUAAAGCCGGCUGGGGGUCCAUUCAGGUAACGCUGGACGAAUUCAAUGAGGUCGAACACUUUCUCGAGGACGAGAGAAAACAUAUCAAAUACACCUAUAACUCUUUUACCGGUAUUCUCCGUUUCAGAAUGCCUACUUGGAUGCAUGAGAGCGCUAUAACCUGGAUGUAUCGAUGGGCAAUGCAAAUGGUACUGUUAGGUGACGUCGACUUGAAAUCACUAGACGUUUGCACAAAUGUCACCCUACGCAAUUUCCAAGGACGCUAUCUUCAGAGCCAAAAGAUCCCCGAUGUGUUUGUCAUCCCAAAGGUCCCUGCCACCCCAAACAACAAUACGAUCUGGCCAACGGUUGCCCUGGAGAUCGGGUACUCAGAAUCAUUCGAUGCUCUGGAGCAAGAUGCAGAUUUGCUGUUGCAAGGUUCUGAGGGCCGGAUCAAAAUCGUGAUCCUUGUCAAGCUGGAGCCGCUGAAAGAAGACGAAACAAUCAUUCAGGCGGCGUUUGUGGAAGUACAUGUUUUCGACCCCGAUUCCGGCCAAAGACGUGUGCACGGCCGAAGAAUGACUCUCUAUCCUCCUCCCCGCAAUCGCGCCCAUCAGGGCAUUAGACUUGAAUGGGAAGACAUUCUCGGCGACCAGCUGGACCUUCACCUCUCAGAUUCGGAAAGGCCGCCAUCGUUAAUGCUUGACGAUCUCCGGGAACAAAUUGAAGACUACACCAUGAGACAUUUACUGCAGCGAGAACAGAAAACGGAUAUUCCUACUGAUGGUGGAACUACUGAAAACGACGAAGACGAUGGUUCAUGA